AUGCAAGAGAGCCAACAAGCCAACCACUUGAAGAAGAAAAGGGUGGGUCGCGCUUGUGCCAGCUGCCGACUCAAAAAGACCAAGUGUAACGGAGUCAAGCCGUGUAAUCGGUGCUUAUUGGACAACAAGAUCUGCGUCUUCACCGAGAAGAAGCGGGUCAAGGAGAAAAACUACCCUCCCGGGUUUAUCGACUUGCUUGAAAUGAGACUCGAUAUCCUUUCCAAGCUGUUUGAAAAGUUGAUCCAGCUAGCUCGGCCAUACUUGCCCGAGGUUGACCAAGUGAUCCAGCAAGGCCAAGGAAUGGAGAUUGAAGACGACGGCGAGUGCGAGGAAACCGAGACUAGGCCCGACUAUGACGUUGUGCCCAUCAACCAGGUGAUUUCGUAUUUGAUCCAGGAAAAGGACCUUUUAAACAACUUGCCAGUGGAGUGGGAGCAAGGAGCGAGAAUCGCCGCCAAUUUCGACACCACCAAAAACAUGCACUCGUCUUCAAAGAUGUUUGCCGAGCACAACUUUGAGGGAUCUAGUGCAAGUGACUUUUCGCCCGUUUUGAGACGCUCGUCUUUAAACUCGAACAGUACUAACAAUGCCAACGCCAGUACCAACUCCCACAUCAACACCAACAUUUCGAGAAGGGGCAAAAAAAUGGAACCCCCUUCUCCCGAUGGUUCAAGAAAAAACUCGGGCGAGGAGUUUUAUCCGCACCAGAUCCUCCCACCCCUGCACCAUCCGCUGCAUCUGGACGGGUUAUUAUCGGACCUAGACAGCGACACCUCGAAUGGCAACCAGGAUUCAAGCUCGCCUCCAAUCUUGUUUGGACAACAGCCGACAGCAUCACUAUUUGCUCAACAGAGCUUCAUUUCCAGCAAAAACUCAUCCAUGACCUCACUAAGCAACAAGUACGAAGGCCACUCGCUACAAAACGAGAUCAACCCCGCCCCGACAUUGAAAAGAUCGUCCUCAUCUACAACGUCUUCUUUCCAAAAAACAAAUAACAGCGGUAGUUAUGGACAAACACACGGAUACGGACACGGACAGGGAAACGUGCACAAGCCCACGCACCAUCGAGCUCCUUCCAUCGACUCCAGAAGACUAAGCACUUCGCUAUCGUCGCCAACUUUUGCUGUGUCGCAACAACCACAAAUGACGGGGCCGGAGGCUGGCGCGGGCACGAGUGUCGUUGUCGUUGCCGGUGCCGAUGGUGGAGGCCAAGCUCUACAUGACGACUUUGAGGGAAGCUUUGCACAUUCUGCCGACUCGUCGAUGUUCAUCAUCAACAAUGCCCCGACGCGUGCAUCUUCGUUGAACCAACAACUGGAGAUGAUCCACGGUGGCCAUCAACAACACUACUACACUAGCGCUAGCCAGUCGCUAUUCGAUGGCUCACCUGGUGGCUACGACCAAUUCAUGAACAAUCUGUUCUCUGAAAAGCAAUAA